CAAAUGUUAACUUCCGUAUAUGUGUUAAAAAUAUUGCUGAUCUACUGAAAUUUUCCGAAACAGAAACAAGAUAGUGUGUCAGCAUAACAGAAGUUAAGGCGCUGUCAAAGUAAUAUAGCUGCACCUUUCCUUUACCAAAGAGAGGCGGAACGAAGUAAAAUCUGAGUACUACAGUGCAUCAGUCUAAAUGUACAUUGCUUCAAUGACAUCAUUGUUCAUUAUUAUCACAUCGCUACUGAGAACCAGAAAGCCUAUACCUACUGUGAGAAGGUUCACUAAAUUUAAACUUCCGCUUCCAAAAACUCUUCAUCUUUCUUUAGAAAAUGUCUCUAUACAAGGUCGAGAAAUUUUCAUUGUUGGUGAUGUCCAUGGUUGUCUGGAGGAACUAGAACAGCUCCUCGAAUUAGCUAGGCUGGAAAUAAACAAUAAGAAAAUGUUACCUAUAUUUGUGGGUGAUUUGGCGAACAAAGGACCGCGGAAUCUAAUGACCAUCAGGAAAGUUAGACAGAUGGAAGCUUUAUCUGUUCGAGGAAAUCACGAAGAAGCGAUAGUACGACAUUAUUUAAACUGGCAAAAUGAUCAAAAUUAUGUUAUACCAGAGGUAUUCAAAUGGAUCACGGAGCUAAACACGGACGAUAUCAAUUAUCUCCUAGAAUUGCCGUAUACCAUAUCUAUUCCAUCUAGGAAUAUAUUAAUAGUACAUGCUGGAUUAGUGCCCGGGAUUCCCAUUCAACAACAAAAUCUUGAUAAUUUUAUUCAUAUAAGAAACUUAUAUCAAGAUAAUGACGGCAACUUUAUAGCUUCAGAACUUCCAUUUCAGGGCGAGGCUUGGGCCUCUUUUUGGACAGGACCUGAACAUGUAUAUUUUGGUCAUGAUGCUUCACGAAAAUUGCAACAACAUCCAUAUGCAACCGGACUUGACACUGGUUGUUUAUAUGGUAAUAUGCUCUCAGGAAUAGUUAUUAACAGUCAGAAAAUGUUACAAGUAAAAGCCAAGACGGUAUAUUCUGAACCAAAAGGUUUUAAAACACCUAAAUGAAUAAUUCAUAGCAUGUAUAGUAGAGUGAGAUAUAUGCAACAAAUAUGAACAUUUUAUUGAACAAAUCUGCAUUACACAUGGUUCUUAUUUAAGAAUUUGUACUUAUAUUUUUUUAUUCUUUAUACAUGAAAAUUUUAUACCAUAUUACAUAUAUAUUGAAUAUUUCAGCACUUCAUCAUGAUCAUGGAGUAUCAUAACUUUAAUUACUUUCUUUUUGUGAUUAUGAUUAGAAGUUAGUAAUGGAUAUAUGUUAGUUUACAAAGAU